CCCUCUGCCCCCGGUGCGGGCUACUCGCGACCGCCUCCCCCGGCUGCUGUGAGCCCGCCGUGCGCGCUGCCGCCGGAGCUCCCCGCCGUCGGGGAUGGCGCGGCUGGCAGCGCCCGUGCGCGCCUGAGGCGGAGGGGCGAGCCCGCCGCCGCCGCGGGAGGAGGAGGAACAGGAGGAGGAGGAGAGAUGAAGCGCUUCCACCCUGGGGUCGCGCUGCUGCUCUCGCUGCUGUGGGAGUUUGUGGUCUGCAGCGAGUUCCUGCCAGCUGUGCUUUCUUGAGGAUUUAAUAGUCUCAAACAGCUACAAGGACAUGGCUCUCCAAAGGCUGAGAGUCCGAUGCUGAUGUGUACAGAGGCCAAAAAGCAUUGCUGGUACUUUGAAGGAUUAUAUCCUACAUAUUAUAUAUGUCGCUCCUAUGAGGAUUGCUGUGGCUCAAGAUGCUGUGUAAGAGCUCUCUCUAUCCAGCGACUAUGGUAUUUUUGGUUCCUAUUGAUGAUGGGAGUUCUGUUCUGUUGUGGAGCUGGUUUCUUUAUCCGAAGGCGGAUGUACCCUCCUCCAUUAGUAGAAGAACCUACUUUUAAUGUGUCUUAUACCAGACAACCAGUCAACACUGCAUCAGGGUCACAACAACCUGGAGUGCCGUAUUACACAGAUCCAGGCGGACCUGUGAUGAAUCCCAUGGCUAUGGCUUUCCACGUCCAGCCCAAUUCCCCACAAGGAAACCCGGUUUACCCACCCCCACCUUCCUAUUGCAACACACCACCUCCCCCAUAUGAGCAGGUGGUGAAAUCCUCCACAUGAGGACUCUGGCUCUCUGACCUGACUGUGUGAGAAGAAGGUGCAGUUGCAAAAUGACCAAGAUGAAGGGCACCUGCCCUUUUGAACACUUGCUAAUUCUCCAAGUCCUCUCUCCUUCCCUUCCCUGCACCUUUCCUCAUUACAGUUACUUGCAAAAGGGUGAUUUUUAAAUUUUUUUUCUUUUUUUUUUCUUUUAGUAGAAGUGGAUUUUUUCUUUUUCUUCAAAAUGAGAGAAGUUGUCUUUGUAAUGCUUUUAAUGGAAACCUAUAUUUAAAACCUGUA